AUGAUGAGGAAUAGGACUAAUGGCGGUGCAGCAGCCUCCUUUUGGCAAGGCGCUGAUGAUUCUGACUUGAUGCAGACCAUGCGAGAAAUUGCUAGAGUUAUGUCUCAGAGUGAGGGUAAUGGGAUGAACACCAUGAUCACACUAAAGGAGUUCCGGGGGCAAAACCCUCCAAUGUUCAACGGCAGACAUGCUAGCACAAUAGUACCAGAUGACGAUAGUAGAGCUAGGAGGUUUGAAUGGAGUCUCAGGCCUACCAUUAGAGGUCGUGUAAUGGUUUUAUGCCUCCCGACAUAUGCCAUUGUGGUUGAGGCGGCACUAGUUGCAGAAAGGGAGUUGGACGAUACUACGCAAAUUAAAGAGUCUAGUCCACGAUCUAGAGAUUCACGUUCUAGAGCUGGCUCUGGUAAGAGGCAAAGAACUUCAACACCGCAAUCUCAGGGUGAUCAGACGUAG